AUGGCGAGGCGGCGUGUUUACCUGGGCGCGCGGUCUGGCCCGCGGGGGCGGCGGAGGCGGCUCGGGGCGCCUAACAGACGGCGCCUGCGCAGGAGCACAGCAGCAGCAGCAGCAGCAGGAGCAGGCAGCGUUAAAUUAGGGCGCGCCUGCUGGGACGCGCAGUCUUGUCCCGCGCCGCGUCCCCCGGGAUCUCCUGAUGGGCUAAUUUACCGGCACACGCCCGACCCUCCCAUCUACGCCGGCGCUGGGACCCAGCGCACCCACGGAAUCACGCCGAAGAAACAACGCGAGCGCAACAGGGAGAGGUUUCCCGGCUGCCCCGUGAUUAACGUCAGCGGGACGUCGGCGCGCCGCGGCGGCCACCCGCAACCCGUCAGCGCCGCGUAUGAAGCCGUCGGCGCGCUGACAGCCGGCGCCGGGCACCCGGCAAUAUUCUCAGAGUUUUUCCGGAAAGGCCGACCUGCGGGCGGAAUCCCAGCGCCGGACGCCGUAUCUGGCGGGCCGCUAACAGCGGUAAUUACGGGUCCCGCCGACGUGGCUUUUUGUGGACGCGCCGACCACCAGGCAGGGGAGGGGAGGGGAGGGGCGGGACGCGCGCAAUUUGGCUGUCGUCGUGGAGCGGCGGCUACCCGACCCGGCCACGCCCCCGGCUGCAGAUUCCACCACGCACCUACAACGGCCGGCGGCAGGUCUCCGCUCCAAGAUCCACAUCGGCCGCAUCCGAGUAAGCUCACUGCCGCAAUACUGACGGUGCCUCCAGGGGCGGAGUAG